UGAUAAUUCUAUAGAAAAGGUGAGAGUAUGAGUUUAAGUCAUUUAGGUUCGGAUGUGUGGAAGAUACUGGGAAUAAGAUAAGAAGCUGGUCAAAAUAGUAAAGCAGAAUACAUAGCGUGGAAGGAGUUAGUAUGGUUAUUGUUAAUGAAAAGUAUAAGCAUUUAUCAGUUAUUCUGCAGGUGGAUUCUCCCAGGCAUAAACUGUUGCUAGAAAAGAGGGAAGAUCAGAUGAGGAUGCUGGGGCUAAACUGGUCUGUUACUUACAAGAUUAGUUUUUGUGAUAAUUUGCAAAAUGUGUUUAGGUGCCUCUUUUAAUACUAGUGACAUAACCAGUGUUUAAACAUGGAUUAAAAAAUAGUGUGUGUACUUUUAUGUAUGUAAGUUAUACUUAGAGUAGACGCCCUCUUAACCGACUGACCCUACACCUUUUUGGAUGAUACUAUUUUUAGAUUAGAGGUCAUACAAGUUUCAUAAUUUGUCUUGUGAGUGAUAUUGUUAAUUACAUAUGUAUAUACACAUCGACAUUCGUUUCACUUUAUAUUUUGACUUAAUUUGUUUAAAAAUGAAUCGUGACCCAUGGGAAAAGUUAUAGCGGAUGGACUAUAUGUAGGGGAAGGACGUGUACCUCUGGACGUUUGUACCUUUGGACAACUUAAGUAUUUCGAAAACUACAAACAGUAUGAAUAUACAAAGCGUCAGCUAUAAUAUUUUAUGUAGAGUUGGCAACAGUGUUUGAAAAACGUGUUUGUUACUGUGUGUUUAGAGCUCCGAGCUGGUGUUGAAAAUUUUUAUUGAUAAAAUGCCACGCAGUAAAAUUGGUAGAAAGCGGGAACAUGUACCACAAGAGUCAUUGAAGGAGGCAUUGCAUGAAGUUUUGACGAAUAAUGCAUCUAUUCGUAGCGUGGCGAAGAAAUGGCAUAUAAGUAAAUCUACGUUACACAAUUAUAUGAAAAAGCAGCAUAAUUUGGUAACCAGUAUUAAUGAUAUCAUAGUUUCGCCACCAAACUACUGUUUUCAUAAAGUAUUUAGUGUUGCAGAGGAGAAGCAACUGUUUAAUUAUCUAGAAAAAGCUGCCUAUCUUCAUUUGGGACUUACUAAAAUCCGAACUAGAAAAUUGGCAUUUAAUUAUGCCACAGUGUUAGGUAAAAAAAUACCAGACUCGUGGCAAGACAAGCAAAUUGCAGGCCGAGAAUGGCUAGUUUAAUACAGAAAGAGAUGGCCGGCGUUAUCUCUAAGGAAACCAGAGGCAACAAGUUUAGCUAGAGCCACUAGUUUUAAUAAAAACAACGUUGAGCAAUUUUUUAAUAAUUACACUAAUGUUAUGAAGAUGUAUCAAUUUGGUCCUGAACGUAUAUAUAAUUUGGAUGAAACUUCAAAUUUUACAGUACAUAAACCAUCUAAAAUAUUCUAAUAUAUUACAGUACAUAAACCAUCUUUAUAAAAAGAGGAAUAAAUAAUAUUACAAUGAUAGGUUGCGUAAAUGCAGCGGGUCAAACUAUCCCACCAUUAUUUAUAUUUCCUCGUGUGCACUAUAAAGAUCACAUGACAAAUGGAGGUCCACCCGGAUGCAUUGGGGCAGCAAAUCCUUCAGGAUGGUCAUCAGCAAAGAUUUUUCUGCAAUUUUUGGAACACAUAAUAUCUUACACUAAACCUACCCAGGGAAAGCCGAUACUGAUUGUCAUGGAUAAUCAUGAUACGCAUAUUUCAAUAGACGUAAUUGAUAAAGCCAAAAAUUCCGGUGUAGUUUUAUUAACAAUUCAUCCACAUACAUCGCACAAAAUGCAGCCCUUGGACCCAGUGGUUUUUGGUCCAUACAAAACUUUUUACCACAAAACUGCAGAAGACUGGAUGUUAAGUAAUCCUGGUAAACCAAUAAGUAUUUAUGACGUUGCAGGCAUUGCAGGAAAAGCUUAUCUACAAGCAUUCACACCAAAAAAUAUUGUAAAAAGUUUUGAGGGUACAGGUUUGUGGCCAGUUAACACCAAUAUUUUUAUAGAAUCAACACUGGCUGAUAAAUCUACAUCAUCUACCGCUCCUUGUGACCAAACUUCCAAUUGUUUGACUUUAAUCCCAGCUGAACAUUUAUCUACCCCGUCUACUUCCGUUUCUAAUCCUGUUCCGUCCACUUCUUUUCAAGUUGAUUAUCCAACUUCAGGGUCUUUAGCUGCACCACAGAGUGAAUAUACAUCACCUGUAACCGAUCUGCCUCUCAAUAUCUCUAUAGAGUAUAUAGCGCCGUUUCCAAAAGCGCCAGCUAGAAAAGAUUUACAAGGCAGAGGAAUGCGUAAGAAAGGAAAAACUAGAAUUUUAACCAGUACACCAGAGAAUCUUGCUAUUAUGUCAGAGCUGCUAAACAGAAAAAAAAAGUCAACGCCAAGAGAAAAGGAACCUAAGGAAAAGGUAAAAAAGAAGCUAUAUAAACUUCCUUCUAGUUCUUCAUCUGAUAGUGAAGAUGACGAUCAAAUACCUUUCUGUGACACGUCUGAUGAAAUGGAUUGUGAUAAUAUGGUUGAAGAACAUGAUUUUCCUGAGUUCCCAUCAGAAAUAGAUCUUGACAUAGUAGUAGGAGACUUUAUUUUGGUUAAGCUCUGUUCUAAAAAGUUAGUUAAACAUUACGUAGCUAAAGUGCUGGAAACGAUUGAUAAUAAUACUAGUUAUAUUGUAAAAUUUUAUGCGAAGACUCAACAAAACUUUCAUUUCAUAGAAGGAAAAGAAGAACCAUAUGCAGUCGAUUUUCAAGACAUAGUGCUUAAAUUACCACUGCCUCAAAGCGUGGAAGAAUCAAAAAGGUUUAUUUCUCAUAUUAAAUUCAAUGUAACUUUUGACAAUUAUAAUAUGUUUUAAUAUACUCAUUGAAAAAUCUUUUAUUAGUAUUGUUAUUAGUAAUAAACAAUAUUUUAGUUGACUAUCCAUUUUUAUGAUGAUUAAAAAAUAUAUAACACAUAUUUGUAAUUAAUUUUUUAUACAUCCAAAGGUACAACCUCUGUCCAAAGGUACAUACAAACCAGUCCAAAGGUAGACGUAGGUGCUGUCCCUUUGGACAAUAUGACAGUAUUUUAACAAAUGCAUGUUGAUUUUAAAAUGGUGCAACUUAUAGAUUAUACAAAAUUCACAAUAAUUCAAAACAGUCUGAUAAAUAGGUUGCACUAGAAGAUUUUUUUCUUAGCAGUAUAAUUUCUCUAAUAAAAAAAUCCAAAAGCAAUAUUUUGUGAAAUGUCCAGAGGUACACGUUCUUACCCUACAUACUACUUUUUUGUUUAUAGAUCAUAAAAUAUAUAUAUUUUUAAUAGAGUUACAUAUGUAAUGUCUUUCUGAGGGUGGUUUUAAAGAUUUUCGGUUUAACCAACUUUUUGAUUAUCCGACCUAUGGGCAGCUCCCGUCAUGGUCGGUUAAGAGAGCGUCUACUGUAUAUAUGAUUUCAACUAUUUCAAGGAAAUAAAUAGAUUCAAAACAAA